UCGAGGCCUCUUCGUUCAGAAUCUAUCAGAACUCUGUACGUAACACCCUCGUCGGUUGAACAAACACUCUUGAGGACAAGCACAAACGUGUCCACUUUUUGCAGUGAAUCGGUUUUGCUGGUCGUUCAUCCGCACCUGUAUCUCUUUUCGUCCACUCAUCGUCCGUUGCAGCAGUGCGCACUUCGUCGGAAGCAACUCCCACGAAAAGUGUGGAAUACGAUUUUAAUACAGGCGUGCGUUUUCCCCCAACAGUAGUAUUUCCCCCUUGUAAUUUUGUCAUAUUUCGCUUUGUGAGUUUGUAAAUUAUGGAGCUGUUGAUUAGCCUGCGUGGUCGGCGCCGUAAGAAGUAUCGGGCAAGCGACGUAGGCUGAUCCAAUUUUCAGUUUUUUACCAUUUAAAGAGACCCCCAGAUUUUUAUCAUUUCCCAGUUUUUUCAUCCCAAAAACCUUACUAUAACUUUUUCCCCAACUACAACAUCUUCGCAAAAAUCGUAUUUAUCUCCGACAGCACUCGAGUAAAAGUUUCUCUACUGUACUAAAAGCUCCCUCCUGCGGAACGAUGAGCACCCGGGAUUCCAACCAGAAGGUGCGGGACCGCAAGGGGUCGCAGCGCAAAAGCCAGCGCGGAGGCGGCGGCAAGGACGGGACUACCGCGAAAAACAGCGGCGGCAAACCGAGUGGCGGGGGCGGGGGUGCGAGUUGGGAACAACAACAAGCCCCCAACUGGGACGCGCAGCUGGCCGCGGCGGAGAAGACCAACAGCAACCCCUACAGCAACAGCGCCAUCAUGGAGGUGCUCCACAACAUCGGGGAGAAUCUGAAGGAGCACUUGCAGGACCUGGAGGUGGUGACCCAGAACAUGCACGUGCUGGCCGCCGACAUCAAGGACGCGCGCGACCAGAACGAACUGAACGCGACACUGAAGCGGAUGCACGAGCAGAACGAGAUGUCGCGGAAGUACGCGCAACGGGUGAAAUCCGCCGUGCAGGACCUGCAGGACCUGCUCGACAAGCGGCGGUCCGCCCUGACCAAAACGGAGGCGGACUUUGGGGACCGCGCGCUGAAGGAGCACUCGCGCCGGUUCCACGCCGCCAUCAAGAACAUGCUGUCGGCCCAGCAUGCGUUCGACGAGGUAACCACGAAGAAGGUGGAGCAGCACAUGCACCAGAUGUACCCGCAGGCCAGCCCGUCGGACGUGCAACGGAUGGUGCAGGAGCGCCGGCAGAAGGACCAACAGCAGCUCCAGAACCCGAUGGCGGACGUGGAGGUGGCACGCCAGGAGCUGGACCAGCUGGACGAGGAGGCCCAGGCGCUGUUUGAGCUGGAGGCGGCCAUCAAGGAGACGGACGAUAUGAUGUUCUACAUCAACGCGCUCGUUGAGGAACAGGCGGAGCAGAUCAUCGACAUCGAGGACAUGGUGUACGGCGCGCAGGCCUUUGUCGGUGCCGGCGUGGAACAGCUCGAUGAAUCGGAGGGCUAUUUCAACAGGUACAUCUCUGUUCUUGUUGUUCUUUUUCCUAGUUUUGAUUUGCCUGUGUGCGUUCUUACCGCGCGUGUGUUUUUGAUGUUUCCAUCAAAACAAUGGCAGCUUUGAGUUGGAAAUUGACCUUGAACCACACGACCUGUGGUGGUGCAAUUCUAUUGACUGGUACCCAAAGAAAUCUUUUUCUUUUGUUAAUACUACAGCUACAUGAUCAAGAAGAUUUGUCUGUCCUGCUGUUUCUGGUGCGGGCUUAUCGCCGCGGUGGUUGUGGGUAUCAUUUUGUUGGUCAUUUUUUGCGGCAACGGCGGCGGGGCGACGGAGGUGCAUCUGGUUCAGAGUGCGGCGUCUUUUGUCGAAGAGAAGCACACCGCCGUUCGGCACGGGCUGCACAACUCCCACGGUCGCAGGACCUCCGCUUGGCUGUCCACCUUGUGA